ACCCUAGUGACGCAAGAGCUCUAUUGGCAGAACUUCUACGUGAGAUUGCAACAUCCCUAACGGCUGCUUGCCAGGAAGUUGAAAGCGACGCAUAGAGAGCAGUCACUGAUAUCCAGAAGCAUUCGUCUACAGAGCGCACGUCGCACGCCGGUGUCGUCGGGUCCAGUCCGUGCAGCCAGUGAAGGUGAUCAAUAAAGAAGGUGAACCUCGAAGAUGACAUCUUUUUGGGCUCGGAAUAGUAUCCCUCAAGGAUGUAUCAGCGAUCCUCUGGUCGAUACUAAACUAUUGGAACCGCUCAUCGACGAACCUGUGGUAGUGGCUAAGGGACAUUCUACUGGUGGAGACAGUUUCUCUGUCAACUUGGAGACAUGUACCGGCGACGUAGCGAUACACAUCAAUCCACGCUUCCACGAAGGAGUAACUGUUGUAAACGUACUUAACAGUGGUGCCUGGGGAGCCGAGGAAAGGUAUCCCCUCCUCGUCGGCAAAGGAGAACAUUUCGUUUUCCAGAUCAACGCGAGCGGAUAUAGCUACAAGGUGCUCAUCAACUCGCAGCUUUUGACCACCUUCAAGAGUGUCGCGCAUUGUAAAAGUGUAGCGGCGAUCACGGUCUACGGAGCCGCAAGGUUGCGCAGAGUGAACCAAUACACGGAGGAUUGUGAACCAACGAAGCAAAUGUAUUGGCUGCCAGGGAUGUCGCCGGACUGAUGGAGAACCCUCGUCCGACGUGACAGUGAGGCGGCAGCUGGGAUAGAGCGUGAUGUGCAGUGGAGGUUGUAGCCCACCAAGGGCCGGUGUCUGCAAGGUCUGCGGUUCGAGCCAGAAGUUCCGUCCAGUUCUUUUCGAGCGAAGCCAGUCUGCACCCUCACUCGAGCUGCACCUGCACGGAACUGCCGCCGCCGCUUCUCUUCGUCCUUCUUCCGCGCUCCCAUGCACUAGCGCCACCACAUGUAGCCCCCCACCGCAAGAUAUUAUACAUCAUAACAACGCUGAUUGUUCAAUGUCCAUAAAGCCACUGCGUAAUGUC